AUGGGGAGACCUAAAAAACUGGUCAGUCUCGAAAACAUACAAAAUUUUCAGCGAGAGCUUGACUUGGCUGGGAAUAAUGCUGAAAUUUUACUUUCAGACAAGAAAGGCCGUUCAAGAUCAUGCUUGUUGUGUCGUAGAAGAAAGCAAAGAUGUGACAGGAAGCAACCUAGCUGUACAAACUGUUUGAAGGCCAAUGUGAAAUGUAUACAGCCCGCACGAUAUAAUUCGACUACUCCGACAGAAACAGCGACAGCAUCGCCCAUGUCACUAUCAUCAAUUGACGAAACUACACAAAAGCAUUUUAGACCCAACGGGGCUCCUGCCAGGAAUCCGAACGAUCGGUAUACGUUGUAUUUGGAGAAUAAGAUACAGUCGUUGGAAAAUAUGUUGAAGAAAAACGAGUCACAAAUGUCAAUGGCGACACACAGCAACGAUGGUUGUGAGUCAAGCGCUAGUCCUCCGACCGGUAAUGUCAAUGGUGGCGAUGUAAUGAAAACUAACAAUAGUAGCGGAAGUGGCAGCCAGUUGUUUAACGGCAAUAUUGGGCUCAAUCCCAAUGGACGUGCCAGAUUAUUUGGGGCUGUCUCAACCUUUAAAAAUAGUUCUCCUAAUAGUAAGGAUGGUAAAAAAAAUGGUACAAUGUUGCCUGCACUCUCAUCCGACUCAUUGGAGUCUAUUGAUUUCUCAAAAUGUAUCUUUGCCAAGUACAACUUGAAAGAAUUUUUCCAAUACGAUCCUGCAUUUGAGUUUGAUGGUCUGCUCUCACGUUCAUUUCUUGACACUUUUUUCACAAGACUGCAAUUCAAGUAUCCUUUGUUGGACGAACAAGAAAUUUACACUUUCCAUGAAAUCUAUAUUUCCAACAACGUCCAUGCUUUUUCCGAGUUGAAUUUCCAUUUCGCAUGUGGUAGAAUGUGGCUUGUCUUUGCCAUAAGCGCCUGUCUGUUCAUGACAACUGGUAAGUACAAGGGUUUGCCACCAGUAAGGUACUUCUCAACAGCUAUACGGCACAUCACUAGAUGUGGUCAAAAUCUGGACAAUGUACAAAGAGUUGAACUAUUGACUCUGCUAGUUCUCUAUGUUUUGAGAACCGACAGAGAAUCUUCCGUCCUUUAUGAAAUUAUGAAAGAUGUGAUGGGAAUUUGCAAAGAUAAUUUGCAUUUAAAUGUUUGGCAACCUAAUGACCCCAAUGCAAACAAGAAACUGCGGAUCUUUUGGUGUGUUUACUUAUUAGAAAGGAUGAUAUGUGUGGCAGUCGGCAGACCAUUUACAAUAUCGGAAAGCGAAAUUAAUUUACCAUUUUUCAGUGAGGACUCAUUCAACUCUGGACAGGGUUAUAUCUCUGAACAGUGUCACAAACGUCGUGGCGUUCAUUUUAUCAAUCAGUCUUUGAAACUACGAAGAAUCGAGUCGCAGUUUGUGGAACAUCUGCAAAUAUUGCCCUUGAGACAUAACAGGAAAGAAACUUUAAGAGAACAACUCCCUACCGUAAGGAAAUUCUUUCAUGAUUUGGAGGUCUGGAGAUCGAGUUGUUCAAGAGAUGAUGUAAGGAACUUUGAAAAUGAGACACUAAAGCUUUAUUACUAUAGGUCAGUAAGGUUAUUGAUUCAACCUUAUCUAGAGUUCAUAACCCCGGAUGAUAGGCUGUUCAGGGAAUGUCAAGCAGCUGCUGGUCAGAUAUGUCAACUCUAUAAGAUUUUCCAUCAAAAGACUCUGAGGGGGCAUUCAACCCCGGCAAUUCAUACGGUAUUCAUCGCUGGUGUAACUCUAAUUUACUGCAUGUGGUUGGCGAGGAAUUUCGAUGAUGAAAAGAGGAAGAGGUUAGGCGAUGAUUCCAAACACACGAGACCUUCGAUAAGCGCUAGUUUGUUCUCAACCAUGGAUGACUUGAGAGCAUGUUCAGUGUGUCUAUACGUGAUGACUGAGAGAUCUAAUUUUGCGCGAACUUUCAGAGACACAUUUGAUGAACUAAUGAAUGCCACCGUAGGUAAUUUGAUUGAGCGCUGCGGUCCAAACUCUUCAGAGCUCAUACACUUGUCAACGCAAGAGAAGUUUGUCAAUACUUUUGACCACCAGGCGCCAAUUUCUUAUGAGGAUGAGAGGGAACGCGGUAUGCCGCCUGCUACGAAUAGAACAUUUGGCAAGAGGCAAGCUGAAGAGCACGUAGGCUUUGUGGAAAUCUCUCAGGUUGAUCCUGAGGAACAAAAAGAAUUUAAGCGGAAGCAGGACGUCUUGGAAGAGACGUCCGUGCCAAAAAGCUUGGCACAUCUACUGAUCAAAGUGGGGGAUAAAGGAAAGACAGGGGAUGCACACCACGAUCAACGAGGUAAAAUCGAGCGAAACAAGUACAUCGUUCAAAAACCAGCAAAUUCUGCGGAAUUUGAUUGGGAGUCAUUUCAGCAACAAGCAUUUGUUCAACAGCAUAUGGCGAAAGAAAACUUGAAAGCUUAUUUGUCAGCAUUGAAAUAUAACGGUAGUGGAAAGUCUCCUACUGACCAUGCCGCAUCCUCUAUCUUCGCAUCAGCAUUACCGGAGCAGUCAAUCUCAGCAUCCAAAAACGUUCAGGCGCCGGUUAAGACCGAACAAGCUGAAGAUCGAGGUGGCAUAGGAAGAGCAAUGCCAUCAAUGUCUCAGAUGAUGCCGCAGAUCGUCUCCAAUACUACGACAAACUCAAAUUCACCAAAUUCUUUGUUGAAUGAAGGUAUUCUGUUCAACAACGGAACGCACGAUAUGAUAAACGACAUAUCGACCUGGACAAAUGAUUCCGUGGUGAAUAAAAAUCAUCAAUAUGCACCGAUCGAUUUUAAUUCACAGGAUACGCUCUCUUUUCUUCCGGAUGAAGAUGAAUUUCUACCCCAAAUAAGGGCAACGGACAACCAAAGCCAGGCAAAUGCCAUCAACAGAUCACCAAAUGUUCCUGGUCCGCCUUUACUUAAUACUUAUGUGAACUCGCAGGACAGGUUCAUUGGCUCUUCCAAUAUAGGCCACCCUUCCAGUGAGACAGAUCAAGAUAGGAAACGACGUCAUUUGGUUCCUUCGACAACCGGUAGAGGUGGCAUUGCGGAGAAAUUCUGGACAGUAAACGAUGAUUACGGUUUCCUGACUUAA